GUGAGAUUUAGAUGAUGUCCCGGCAACUGCAGCUUUACCUUCCAGCAUUGGAUUUGACCUUUUUGGAGACUCGACCAAGUCAGUCACCAUUUCCCAUAGUGUUAAUGUCAGCGCCAUUUGCAGGGCUAGCCUCGAGUUCGCACCUGUUCAGAGCAACAACGCUGAAGACUAUGCAGAAAGAUGUAAAGGACAUGAACCAAGUCCAAUCGUGUUCACGCACCCUUGCUUUGGAAGAUAGAUGAGGCUUGCGCAAGUUUGGCUCCAAGAAGUCGGGGCCGAAGGACUGAUACAGACACGAGGACUACCGGGAUUUGGGCAUGCUCCGAGAUAGAAGAUUCCUUGUUUGAGCCGUGGCAGCGCUGACACCAUGAGGUUUGUCCUCCUUCUGGUGAUUCUUGGCAUUGCACAGACCGUCGUGACAUCCACCUCUUCCAGCACAAGCACCACAACCUCGAGCAGCACAAGCACCACAAGUUCAAGCACUUCAAGCACAACGCAGGCUGAGCCCACUUGGACAUCACCGUCAGUAAGCGGCAGUGCACCUUCAGCUCGCUACGGGCAUUCGGCUGCGAUGAAUACUGAUGGCAAAAUGUGGGUAUUUGAUGGCUCUAGUAAAUUAGCCGAUUUGUAUUGCCUGGACACGCAGACUGGGACAUGGACAUAUCCAUCACUGAGUGGCAGCGCGCCUGCAGCACGCUGGUACCAUUCAGCCGUGAUGGCGAACGGAGGCAAAAUGUGGAUAUUUGGCGGCGGUGGGAGUAGUAGCAGUAACAUCAAAAACGAUGUGCACUACCUGGACACGCAGGCGGGAACACCUACCUGGGUGUCUCCAACAGUGAGCGGCAGCGCGCCUCAAGCUCGCUCUGGGCACUCCGCCGUGAUGGCUACCGAUGGCAAAAUGUGGAUAUUUGGUGGUUACAUCCUGUAUAACAGCCGACUGAACGAUUUGCACUACCUGGAUACACAGGCAGACACACCAACUUGGGUAUCUCCAUCAGUGAGUGGCAGCGCCCCUUCAAAGCGCAAUCUGCACUCGGCCGCAAUUGCCAGCGAUGGCAAGAUGUGGAUCUUCGGCGGUUCGACGUACAACAGUUGUGCCCACUGCAUCCUCAAUGAUGCGCGCUAUCUGGACACACAGGCCGCAACGCCAACUUGGGUAUCUCCAUCAGUGAGUGGCAGCGCCCCUGCGGCACGUUUCGAUCAUUCAGCUGUAAUUGCCAGCGACGGCAAGAUGUGGAUAUUUGGUGGCUAUGACGCUAACGGUGUCCUGAAUGAUUUGCAUUACUUAGACACACAGGCAGACACGCCUACCUGGGUAUCCCCAUCAGUAGGAGGGAGCAUCCCGGCGGCGCGUAAUGGACACAGCGCCGUGAUCGCCAGCGAUGACAACAUUUGGUUGUUUGGCGGUCGGGACAGUAGCAACCUGGAUGAUGUGCACUACUUGAACACGGAGGUUUGAAAUUUUGUGAGCGGGUUGCCAAAACCUAUAUAGCUCUUUUUUAAAACGUUUAAAGCAUAGUUCAGUUCCAGUAUCGGUGCCCUUUUUGCCCCACUUGUGUAAGACAACUGUGCAGAGGUUCGUCGGUUGUCACUAGAGCUUUUGUAAUUUGGUGGGCCAUUGCCAGGGUUGUCGCUUGUUUGCCAACUGUGCCAGACAGCCACAGUUACAAGCUCCACGGAGACAAUGACUACAACCAGGUCCACUUUGACUAGUUCCAGCAGUACGAGAACCACACACACAACAAGCAGCACAAGCCAAACAAGUACCUCAUCAAGUACUUCUUCAACUUCUAGCACUUCCACAAGCACUAGCAGUACUUCAACCAGCACAAGUACAGCUAGCUUGAGCUCAACAACGACCACGACAGUUUCCACCAGCAGCAGUAGCACUACUAGCAGCACCACCAGCUCUACCACAAGCAGCACUUCCAGCUCUACCUCGAGCAGCACUAGCUCCAGCAGCACAAGCUCCAGUAGUACUAGCUCCAGCAGCACCGGCAGCAGCACU